CGAGAGAAGUACGUGUGUUGGUUUUCUUGUUAGCUUAAGUCUCUUUAACACAUACUUAAAGUGUUAAAAUAACGAUACACUACGUAUAGUGCGCUGAGAGAUAGUAUAUGCGUUAAACAGGUAGAUUAAAUAACAAAACGAUAUAGAUGCACUCGAGUUUAUGUUUUGGAAAUACGGUUAGAAUAGCAGCAGGUUUUAAAGAAGGGCGAUUGCUGUGUCUUGUUGUUGAGCUACAGUGAAUAAUCUUGACCCUAGAAGCCAAAGAGUGUAUCUUUGUCUGAAAGUUACAGGUUGCAUAAAUAGCAGAGCAGACAGAGGACGGGUGUAACAGAGAAGUUAGCGCAGGUAAACAAACAAGGGUCAAACUUUAAGGCUUUUAUCUGAGACCCAGAACUAGCUGCGUAGCUAUUAGGUGUGUGUGUGCAGGUAAGCUACCUGUGUGUGAAGAUGAGGUCGAGCGGUGUGCUAGUGUGUGUGCUCCUGCUUUGGGUUGAAGGCAGCUGGGGGGACAUACCGGCCAACUGCACCUAUGAGGACCUGCUGGGGACCUGGGUGUUUCAGGUGUCCAAAGGAGGACACGACAAGAACAUCAACUGCUCUGCUGCAGCCACGGUUGAGAGCACGGUGACUGUGACCCUGGAGAAACCGUCAGUAUCCACAGAUGAGCUGGGGAACAGCGGCUUCUUCACCCUCGUCUACAACCAGGGCUUUGAAGUGGUCAUCAAUGGCUACAAAUGGUUCGCCUUCUUCAAGGUAAAACAUGCAUUGACACAAUUCACUUAUUUUAGACAAAAUACUUCUGACUUGUGA